AUUUUUAUUUUCUUUAAUUUUUCAUUUUUGGUUCACAAAUUCAUAUUUUUCUGUGAGUAAGUAUGAAUUUUAAUUGGGUUUUUUAUUUCCCUAAUUUUAAUUUCAAUUACUGAAACUCUUGUCUGACUUCUGACCCACAAGAGUGUACAAUAGAUAGAGAGGAAAGUAUAGGAUAGCCUCUUGAGUUGUCCCUUUGUUCAUAGCUAUUUUUGGGUUUUUCAUCAGAUUUCUUCCCAGAUUCCUGGUUUUCACCUUCAUAAUUCCUGUGAGAAAAUAAAAUUUUGGGUGACAAACUGGCUUGAGAUUUGUAUUAAUAUUUUGAACUUCGAUAGAAAUAAUGGGAUAUUUAUGUGAUUAUUGUGGGGAGCUUAGAUCGUUGGUGUAUUGCCGAUCUGAUUCUGCUUUUUUGUGCUUGUCCUGUGAUCGGAAUGUUCACUCCGCAAACGCCCUAUCAAAGCGACAUUCUCGUACCCUUGUCUGCGAAAGAUGUAAUGCCCAACCCGCUUUCAUUAGAUGUAUUGAUGAAGCGGUCUCUCUAUGCCAGAAAUGUAAUGUGGAGGGACAUGAUGGGAGCUCUUCAAUUCAUAAGCUGCAAAAUAUUAACUAUUAUACCGGUUGCCCUUCUUCAACCGAGCUUUCCAAAAUCUGGUCGUUUUUCCUAGAUAUCCCUUUUGCCUCAUCGGAUAACUCAACGUGCCAAGAGGAAUUAGGAUCAUUGAGUAUUUCUGAGAGUAAUGCAAAGAACUACAUGGAUCCUGUGCGUGAACAUGACGAUCAAGGUGCAGUGGUUGUGGGGUCCGGGAAUGAUCUACAUAGUGUUAAUAAAUCCAGUUUUUGGGAUGGACCUGUAUCUAUCCCGGAACUUAUCUCACACAAAUGUCUGGACCCACCUGGUUGUGCAGAAUCUUCUGAGGUAUUUUAUCCCACUAAUAGAGUUCCGGGGAUUUGUGAAGAUGACUUGUACGCAGAUCUUGACAUGGAUGAAGUUGACAUAAAUUUUGAGAAUUACGAAGAACUCUUUGGUGUUACUCUUACUCACUCCGAACAACUGCUUGAGAAUGGUGGGAUUAACAGCUUGUUUUCAAGGCAAGACAUGCGUAAAGCUGAUUCUAAUCGCCCGGGUGGAUUAUGUGCUGAGGGGACUUCUGUAGGGAUUGCCGGUCGAAUCCAGCCAGUGUGCAGCAAUGCAGCAUCUGCCGACUCAAUCAUGAGCGUGAAAACUGAACCAACUAUUGGUUUUGCAGCAAAACAAGCCCAGUCAGGUCUUUCGUUUUCUGGGAUUACUGGAGAGAUUAGUGGUGGGGAUUAUCAAGACUGUGGGGCUUCUUCUAUGAUUUUACACGGAGAGCCACCCUGGUGCCCUUUGUGUCCUGAAAAUUCUGUUCAAUCCAGUCGAACUGAAGCUGUAAUCCGAUAUAAGGAAAAAAAGAAGAUCCGAAAAUUCGAGAAAAGAGUUAGAUAUGCUUCCCGCAAAGCGAGGGCUGAUGGGAGGAAGCGUGUGAAGGGUCGAUUUAUCAAAGCUGGCGAUGCGUACGAUUACGAUCCUUUGAACCACACCAGGAGCGUCUGAUAAGAAUGUGUAAGCAACGGAAACAUUGUUGUACAUGUGAUCCCGCGUCAGAAAUGGGGUUUCAGCCCAUCGUUCGUUUGUACAUCUUGAACAUACCAGAUGUCUAUGACAAAUAAUCAUCAAAAGGAAGGGUGGCGCUAUUCGCCUUAAUUAGCUUCCGAUGGUAACAGUUGGAGUACAGUCUUUCUGGAUACCGACUGACAGUAUGCUCGACCAUUUUGACUAGUCUGUCCAGAUUCUCGUGCUCGUAAAUUCUGAGACCUGAUACUUGCCAGGUAUGGAAUUAUAGAUGUGUAAAUGUCUGCAAGGAAAUGGUAUUCUCAUAGUACUUUUCUGUGGCGUUGUAUUACAUUGUAGUUGUAUGUAAAAGAACAACCCGACAAGCUCAAAGAGGGAACUACUGAGGGUUCCGUCUAUACGCUCCCUUUUCCGCAAGUGAUGGCGGUUCAGGCGACGUGUUUUGUAGAUUGUAUGUACAUUGCUUGUUUUUUAAAUUUUUUGAAUUUUUGUUCGGAAAGCGUAGCUUUAUAAGUGUACAUUGUAACCUAUUGUUUUUUUUUGGCUCAAAUAAAACAUUCAGAAUAAAAUGCAGAAGUUAUCAUCAUAUAACUUUUCUAAAGAAGCUAGAUUGACAUGCUUACAUGUAGGUCUUGGUGAAGGUCCCAAAAAUCUUGUAUGUGACUUGUCUUGUAAAUGGUGACAUGGCGGGCUGCUAGCUAGUGACCUUUACGUCUCUUUGAAUUUGCUAUAAAUGUCAACGUAUAUUUUUAUUAAAAGGUAGAUGAAUUAGGGGUAUAACACGACAAAAUCGGAAAGUGUGUACAUAUAAUAAACAAACAGAUUACAAAUAUAGAGAAGAAAAAUUGAAUAAAAUGAGUUUUUUUAAAAAUUCUCGAAAUAAGCUUCGAAAAAUUGUAAAUUUCGAAAGAAGUGUCUCUGUGUCCGAGCUUAAUGUCAGGAUUUGUUUGCUUUUAUUAAUAACAAAAAAGAGAAAAAAAAAUUUUGA